ACGCGUAUCCCGUGAGAUCCCGUCGUGAUCCUGCAACUGACCCCAACCAUGGCAGCCUGCUUGCGAUUCACCAGACGUGUCUGGAGGUCAUUCAUCGAUAACAAAGGUCAUGACCAACAGUGCUUCCCAAACCUCAAGAUUCUGAACGCGAAACCUGGCCUUCUGGAGGCCUCGCUCAAAAUUGAGCCAUAUAAUUUAAACCGCGUUGGAACUGUCCACGGCGGGCUGAUCAUGUCCCUGACGGAUACACUCGGCUCGCUCGCCGUCGCGACGCAUGGACAGUACAUGACUGGCGUCUCGGUCGACAUCGGGACAUCGUUCGUCAAGCCUGCCGGACGCGCUGGCGACGUGCUCACUGCUAAAGCUGUUAUAACUGGUAUAGGCAAAUCCCUGGCGUACACUCGCGUUGACUUUUUCAACGGCGCGGGUCAGCUGGCAGCGUACGGCCAUCACACCAAGUACAUUGGCAAAUCCGCCGGACACAAGCACGACGUCAAGUUCUCCGAGGACGGCGAAAAGGUGCUCGAAGGCGAGGACAUCGAUGUCGACUGAUAUGGGGUCGUCCAGCGGCACAGUAUUACAUAUGUUAUGUUAUACACGGACAGGGUCCGCGGUCCGCAUCCGUACAAUGUAUUCCUGCAUUCCGUUAUCCGUC